AUGGGUCUGAGGGACAUCUUGAAGAAGAAGGACAAGAUCGAGGGCAGCAGUGACGACAGCAAGAGGGAAGAUGCCGUCAACAACCUACAGGUCCCAGAGUUCACCUUCAUCCGUUCCGAUACGCACUCGCACGAGGUCAUACACCCACCCAGCGAUCCCACUAGCCCGGAUGUCAGCCACGACAAUAUGAACUUUCUCAGCGCAAGUGAUGCUCAGCAUCCUGGGGGCGCGGGGGGCGCGGGGGGCGCGUCACGGCCACGUCGCAUCUCGGACGCCUUCAAGCCUCGCUCCAGAGGCUUGUCGGCCUCCGACAGGCCCAGCAGCCUGCCGGCUCCCGACAAGGGCGGGCCCAGCCGCCGCCUCUCACAGCGCCUACACCUGAAGCGUUCCCCUGCUAGCUCCGAGAACGUGCCUGAGAACCUGCCCGAGAUCGUCGUCGCCGGGGGGGAAGACGACGCCGAGAAGCAGUGGGAGAAGCGUGCGACGAUCCUCGCCAAAACAGCCAACGAGAACGAGCUGCAACGGGGCCGUCCUGCGAGCCCUACCACGGACCCCUACGUCGCUGCCGGGAUCCAGGGCGGGCUGGGGAGCAUGCGGAUCAGCAACGACCAGAGGCAGAGCAACGCUGUGGCAAGCUCGCCCGCCAUCGACGCCGACAUCCAGGAGGCCAUACGCCUGCACGAGGAGGGAGAGCUCCAGGAGAGCACCAGGCUGUUUGGCAUCUUGGCCGAUCCGAAAGGGGCAAACAACCCACUCAGCCAGGUGCUAUACGGUCUCGCAUUGAGGCACGGAUGGGGCUGCGAGCCGAUUCCUGAGAAGGCAGUCUUCUACCUUUCUGCUGCUGCCAAGAAUGCCGCUGAUGUCGAGAGCCUGGCUCUGCAGGCCGGCCUCAAGAAGGGCGGGGCGGCCAAGGGAGAACUGGUCCUGGCCAUCUUUGAGCUGGCCAAUUGCUUCCGUCAGGGCUGGGGCAUAGAUAAGGACCCCAUCGCUGCUAAGCAGUACUACGAAACAGCGGCAAAUCUCGGGGACACGGAUGCCAUGAACGAGGUAGCAUGGUGCUACCUGGAGGGAUUCGGAUGUAAGAAGGACAAGUAUUCCGCCGCCAAGUACUACCGGUUGGCCGAGAAGAACGGUAAUAAGACGUUGGGAAAUUCUUGGAUCUGGAAGGACAAGUACAACCCUGAAAAUAAGAGGCAGGGCAAGAAAUAG